AUGAGCGCGUCGAGGUUCGUCAAAUGCGUGACCGUUGGAGACGGGGCGGUUGGCAAGACCUGCAUGCUCAUCUGCUACACAAGCAACAAGUUUCCCACCGUAUGCACCGCAAGAAAAUGCCCAGUCCCCAAUCACUCUCUGUAAUUGUUUCUUUUCGUCUGCUUCCUUGUUGCUUUUUCCGGCACUUUUUCUCAGUUCUAAGUUUCGCUUGUGUGCGGCCGUCUGCCAUUUGCUUUUUCCCUCUCCUGUGGGGGAGAAGUCUUCUAUGGAUUUUUCCUUGAGAAGGCUGCAUAAAUGGCGAUGGCUGUUUAGGGCGACGUCUUUUCGCGUUUUUCUCCCUUCUGUUCAUUACCCCCGCUAAACUGUCUGUUCACUGCAACCCUAUUUAUUGCUUUUCGUUCCUUUAAUAUACCUGACUACCAUGAUGCUUCAACCAAUUUGUUUGGUUGGCUAGGCAUGCUAAACCUUCUUGGCUCUUUUAACUAAUUAUGCGCAGUCAUGACAGUGCUGCUCUUGAAUAAUUGCUUGUCUCGCCUGAGCAUCUGUGUCGGAUAUUUCUUCCCAUCUUUUCAGAACCGGACUGCUCUCUCGGGAAUCUGCCUUUUCUUCUCGCAGAGUCGUGGGUUUCUCUUAUUUCCGCUUACCUCUCAUCUGAGCGCAGGAUUAUGUACCCACCGUGUUUGAUAACUUCAGCGCCAACGUGUCGGUGGAUGGGAGCGUCGUCAACUUGGGUCUGUGGGAUACGGCAGGUGCGGACAAGUCCGCUCAACUUGUUUCUUCCUGCUCUUCUUUCACGGGUUUAUGUCGUUUCCGUAACGCUGCCCUUGUAGGCCAGGAGGACUACUGCAGAUUGAGGCCGCUAAGCUACCGAGGAGCAGACAUCUUUGUCUUGGCCUUCUCCUUGAUCAGCCGGGCAAGCUAUGAAAACAUUCUCAAGAAGGUACACAGAUCGCUUUCGCCAACAUUUGAAAGGCCUUCCAGUUGAUAGAGCAUUGAUCAGUGUUCUCCUCAUGUGUGCCCAAUAACUCAAAACACUUUUGCAUCCCUGAUCUUUAUUUCUGUAUCUCAGUGGGUGCCUGAACUACGCCGGUUUGCACCCAGCGUUCCAGUUAUUCUUGUCGGAACAAAGCUAGGUACGGAAAACUAUUCAAUUCUUUACCUUUUUUACUGCCCAUUAUUACUAACUAUGACAGUUUUGGGUUUAAGCUGAAUUCUAGAUCUUCGUCAAGACCCAGGAUACGCUGCUGAUCAUCCUGGCCCCUCAGUAAUAACAACAGCUCAGGUUAGGAAAAACUCCUGACACUUUUCUUUAGAGGGAAUUACUGUAGAGAUCCACGUCAUUCGUUAUAUUUGAACUUCUCAUCAGGGUGAGGAGCUGAGGAAGCUGAUUGGUGCUGCAGCCUACAUUGAAUGCAGCUCCAAAACCCAGCAGGUAUAUCACCCACAAAGUUCUUCAGAUUAUAUUGAUGAUGUAUUUGUAGCGGAUUUUCGUUUUGGCUAGCUAGCUUUAGCCCCCUGCAAACAAACUCAAUUAUCUAUAACUCCCUUUGUUUUUCAGCUAUACCUUUAGGCCCCCAAAUGCUAUAAUCUUCUUAGUUUUCAGUCCCUUAGCCUGAUUAAUUGUAUUUAACAUAAAUUUUAUUCAAAAGACUAAGCUACCCUCAUUAUAUAUAUCUCUCUGCGUCUUUCAAGAGGGAGAGAGAGAGAGAGAGAGAGAUGAGGUCUAUAUAGUUAUGAGGAUAAUUCGAAAAACUAUUUGUUAAAUAUGAUUAAUUAGAGGGACUAAACAUCAAUUAGAUGAUAUUUUCGGGAGAUUGAAAGAAAGGUCCAAUUGAAAGACAACGGGACUUCUCGAUGAUUCAGCUGAUCUGUGGGUUGCUAAAACAAUAUAACCCUUAUAUAUCUUCUUGUAUAGUUGACCAUAGUUUCUGAUGUCCCUGUCUACGCCCACAACGAUCCACAGAACAUCAAGGCCGUCUUUGAUGCUGCAAUCAGAGUGGUCCUUCAGCCGCCAAGGAGUCUGGAGAUGGCAAAGAGGAAGCGCUCUGGGUGGUCUUUCAUGUGA